CUUAGAACGUCCCCAACUUUAUCAACAGCGGCCAAGCCAUAGAUCCAACGCCAGCCAAUCAUCCGCGCACCGGGUCCCCCCCACCUUCUAUCAACGACCGCGGUCCCGGAAAUAUUUCCUCUUCUCGUGUCGUCUCGGGUACAGUAUAGAACUAGACCCGAUUACAGUGCCUUUACAGCGCAGGGCUACACUGGACCAUAUUUCCCUCGCCACCUUAUGUCUACAAAACCCCACGUCGGCAUCAUUGGUGCCGGCUUGUCAGGCUUGCGCUGCGCCGAUAUUCUUCUCCAAAACGGUGCACGAGUGACUAUCCUCGAAGCGCGGGAUCGGAUUGGUGGGCGAGUUCAUCAGGAGGAGGUUGGGGGUCAUUUGGUGGAUCUUGGGCCAAAUUGGAUUCAUGGCACGGGUACAAAUCCUAUCUUGUCUAUUGCGAACGCGACCCGAACAGUCACGCAUGACCCGGAAGGUCGGAAUAUCGCGGUCUCGCGCGACGGACAUCUCCUCGGGGACGAUGCUGUAACCAAGGCUUCCGAGUUCAUGUGGGCGACUAUCGAGCAGGCCUUUGAGUAUAGUAGCCAGCAUGGGAAUAUCAUUCCUCCCGAGCGGAGUUUGUUUGAUUUUUUCCAGGAGAAAUUGGAGCAGUCUGAUUUCUCUGAGGAGGAGAGACAGCUUUGUCUGGACUCUUGUAAGCUCUGGGGUGCUUAUGUGGGUGAUCCUAUUGAACGGCAGAGCUUGAAGUUUUUCUGCUUGGAAGAGUGUAUUGAUGGAGAUAACUACUUCGUUGCAUCGACUUAUAAACGCAUUCUGGAGUACAUCUCCAGGGUUGCACUAUCACAAGCAGAUAUCCGAUUCAAGCAGGCUGUCGUGAGCAUUGAUUCUCUGCUACGCGACAAUGGGCGGUCUCGGCAUCAAAUCACCGUAGCCACUGCUACAGGCGAACGCUUCGCCUUCGACCAGGUUGUUGUCACCUGCCCAAUGGGUUGGUUGAAACGGAACACGCAUGCAUUCUCUCCGGCCCUCCCAAACCGGCUACUCGAAGCCGUCCAAAGCAUAUCCUACGGCCGACUGGAAAAGGUCUACAUAACAUUUCCACGGGCCUUCUGGCAUACCGAUUCGAAUCCAAACACCGACGAUCAGCAUGGGUCAACAUCUGCGAAAAAUCCCGUAUUCGCUCAAUUCCUCGAACCUUGCUACGCAGAUCAUCCGGAUGGCCUUGAAUGGAACCAAGAAUGUCUAUCACUUUCUGUAUUGCCGAGUCCAUGUAACCAACCAACCCUCCUCUUCUACACCUACGGACCCUGUUCAACGCAUAUCGUCGAGCAAAUUGCCUCACUGGACCCUAAAUCAACGGAAUACCGACAGAUCCUGGUCGAUUUCUUCGAACCUUUCUAUUCCAGGCUACCGGGUUACGACGCUUCCUUGCCCGACUGCAUCCCAACUGCAAUCUUGGCGACCCGUUGGCAAAAGGAUCCCUACGCGGGUAAUGGGUCUUAUUGUAAUUUCCAGAUCGGCCUUGCGCAGGCUGAUAAGGAUAUUGAAGUGCUUCGUUCUGGGGCAGGUGUUGGAACUGAAAGGGGGCUUUGGUUUGCGGGUGAGCACACGGCGCCCUUUGAGGCUUUGGGGACGACGACCGGCGCUUAUUUGAGUGGGGAGAGGGCUGCGGUGCAGGUUUGCGGGAGUCUUGGGUUGUGCAGUGCUGGUGUGAGUGGUGAUUCUGUUUUGGACCAGUAAGGCUCUAUGCUUUUGUUCUUGUCAUUCACGAUUACUCUGUUUUCAUGAUGCUUCUUCAUUUGCCUUGUUGGAGGCUUAUGCCUAGAAUUAAUCGAGUAUCUUGUCUCGAAAUUUGACACUCCUUCAAAUGACAUGGCUGAUCCUCGUAUG